AUGGAUUAUUCGGAUGAUAUCUAUAUCAGACAAGCUUUGGUAUUGGAGGAAGCUAAGCAUCUAUUCCAGAAACUUAUUAGCGAGGAUUCCAUGGAGAUUUUGCAUGUCGUUGACAUUAUCCAAAGGCUUGGUAUCGAACACCAUUUUGAAGGGGAAAUUGAAGCCGUUCUUCAGAAGCAACAUUCCAUAUUUAGCACUCAUCUCAGUGAUUUGGCGAAUAACCAUAAACUUUAUGAACUUGCUCUUCAAUUUCGUUUACUUAGACAAAGAGGCCGUCAUGUUCACGCAGCUACCAACUUUAACGGGUGUGCAGAUGUAUUUGACAGUUUGAAGAGUAACAAAAGAGAGUUCAGAGAAAAAUAUGGUGAAGAUGUGAAGAGUCUAAUUGCUCUGCAUGAGGCAACCCAGCUAAGUAUUGAAGGAGAAGAUAGUCUAGAUGAUGCAGGUAACCUCAGCCGCCAACUUCUUCAUGCAUGGUUGAAAAGACAUAAAGAGCAUCAUGAAGCAAUGUAUGUGGCUAACACUCUUCAGCAUCCACUUCACUAUGGCUUAUCAAGAUUCAGAGACAGAAGUAUAGUUCUAAGUGAUUACAAGACCAAGAAAGAAUGGAGAUGCUUAGAGGAACUUGCUGAAAUCAACUCCUGCAUAGUUAGGUUGAUGAACCAGAAUGAAAUCAUACAAGUUUACAAAUGGUGGAAAGAUCUUGGAAUGGCGAGGGAGGAGAAUUUCUCUACGUAUCAACCUCUGAAAUGGUACAUUUGGCCCAUGGCAUGCUUCACAGAUCCACGCUUUUCAGAGCAAAGGAUUGAACUCACCAAAUCCAUCUCUCUAAUCUACCUUAUUGAUGACAUCUUCGAUGUUUAUGGAACAUUAGACCAACUUACUUUAUUUACAGAUGCUGUUAAUCGGUGGGAAUUGGCUGGUACAGAGGAGCUUCCAGACUUCAUGAAAAUAUGUCUGAGUGUUCUUUACGACGUUACCAAUGAUUUCGCCCAAAUGAUAUACAAAAGACAUGGAUUAAACCCUAUAGAAACCCUAAAAAGAUCGUGGGUGCAUUUGUUGAAUGCUUUCUUGGAAGAGGCACAUUGGUUGAAUGGAGGUCAUUUGGCAAGAUCAGAGGAGUACUUGAAGAAUGGAAUUGUGAGCACAGGAGUGCAUGUGGUGCUUGUCCAUGCAUUCUUCCUCUUGGAUCACUCCAUAAACAUGGAAACUGUUGCUAUUAUGGACAACUUUCCUCAAAUUGUUCAUUCAGUGGCAAAAAUUCUUCGUCUAUCGGAUGAUUUAGAAGGAGCUAAGAAUCACGAGAAGGGACUUGAUGGGUCAUACCUGGAUUGCUACAUGAAUGAACACCAAAAUGUGUCGGCUGAAGAGGCAAAAAGGCAUGUUGUCCACAUGAUUUCAUGUGAAUGGAAACGUCUGAAUCGGGAAAUUCUCACCCAAAAUCAAUUGCCAUCAUCAUUUACCAAUUUCUGCCUCAAUGCAGCUAGAAUGUUUCAGUCAGCAAGCCCAAUUUGUAAAGGCCUAAGAAAGAAUCAUACCAAAAUGACAUCUAAGAUUAUUUGGACCUUGCCAAAGCUUGAGUGA